CGCAUCUAGAGAUAUACGCUUUGCUAACAUGGGACUGGUCUUGCGGGAUUACCACAAAUUGGCUAGGGUCAGGUAGCUGUUGUUUUGGCUGGGCAGUUCUCUAGUGAGGGCUUGGUUAUAUAAGCUGGCGUCUCGGACAUUACGCAACUUUUUUGGUAGCAUGUUCACAAAGUUUACAUAUUGAGCUGUGCUGUUGCAGCAUUGCUUAUUCAAGCCCUGCAUUAUUCUAUGGAUUCGGAGUGCUUUAUGAUUACCCUUUUUAUUCAAUUAUAUAGAUCUAAUAGCUUGAAAAAAAACAUACAGAGGGUACCAUGGAAUAGUUGCAAAUCAUAGGCAUGAAUUAUGUUGAGUAACCCAAGCAUACACAUGUUCUGGCAUUGUUCAUGUGAUGCAAACUAAUCGCACAACUGGUUCUUAUAAACUAAUUAGCGGGAGAGUUGUAAAAGGGUAUAUUUCAUGUGUACCAUCAUAGGAAAUGAACUCUGUUCUGCAUCCAUGGAUGGCUAACUAUGAACCAUAUGAUGAAAUUGUCUGAUUUUUCUGGAAGAGUUAGACCUUGUGAAAGAUACUCCAUACCUUGCUUAGAUGGUACAUAAAGAUGGACCUAUACACGAAUCCAACCACAUUUGUUCAAUUUAGUCUCACGCCAGACCGCGUCCUGGCAAACUCUAUGGGUUUUCUGUUUAUCUGUGACAAAGCCUACAGCAGAGCACUGUGAUGUUAGAUGAUCAUCUUUCUCUUGGAAUCAUAAAAUUCUGCAUGAUCAUGGAAUGGAAGCUGACCACUCCUCUGAGAUCCUAUCAUUCAACUGUUUGAGCUGAGACUACAUAUUGAAACUGAAAGAUCGGUUGAAUCAAUGAUGGACUAGCAGAACAGCGGCCCAGUUUGCAGGAUGCAUAAUCCUGAUUCUAACUACAAUAGCAAUCCCAACACUCCACUUUCUCUUUAGGUGCCUCUAUUCCAUCUUUGGUUUCUUCUGCUUCUCACUGUCAACUUUAUUAUUUUCAUUUAACAUACCAUCACCAGCAGCGAAGGUGGUGAUUGACUAAGCAUCAGAAACUAGACCAGUGAUGUUGCCCACUAGCAAAUACCAAAUAGGGUUAGGCAAGCGAACAGCAGCUGAUGGACUUAGGGGAGCUUUUGCAAAGUCUGGUGAAGUUGUGCAUGGUUCUCUUUUGGCAAACCUUCCAGCAUCAUCUGUAAAAAAUUCAAGGUGGUAUAUGAUCAGUGCAAACCGUUCAGGUCCUUUGACAGUGCGUAAAGAAUACCGCAAAGUACUUCCUUCUUUCAUAAGGCCAUCUGCAUCUUACUCCACACAAGCUUCAGAAAAAAGACCAAAACAGGAGAAAACAGACUUGACGACUGUUGAAGAUCCCUUUAAUGCCCCUACCUACAAUAUACCUGAGAAGCCAGUGACAUUUGUCGAGGGCGCCUCUUACAGUGUUGUAAUACUUGCUGGGCUUGGAGUUGCUGCAUUGGCUGGAUACUCUGUUUUCAAAGAGCUUAUAUUUGAACCAAAAGAGUACAAGAUUUUUGGGAAAGCUCUAGCAAGAGUUCAGAGUGAUAGCCAGGUUACAGCCAAAAUUGGUUACCCUAUAACUGGUUAUGGUACGGAAUCCAGAAACCGUGCAGCUCGGCAGCGCAUCCAAAACAGGGUUUGGACAGAUGAGGAUGGUGUUGAACAUGUGGAGGUAGGCUUUCAUAUCCGAGGGCCGCAUGGAGCUGGAAAGGUGUUUGCGGAGAUGUUCAAAGAUAGCUCCGACAGGACAUGGAAGUUCACGUUUCUUCUCGUCGAGAUUACGUCACCGCGACCCGCACAAAUCAUGUUAGAAUCUUACCUACCAGCAUGAGGAUGCAAGAGACAACAUCAGCCGGCAGUGGCACAUCCAUGCGACACUUCAUUUUACAUCCCAUCUCCAAUGGCCUGAAUCUCAUGUUAAAUACCCAUCCUCGGAUUAAAGAAGUUGUGAAUUUUGAACUUCCCCGAAAGCAUAAGUAGGAGGAAGAUGAACCAUCAGAGUUGCUGACCAUCUCUAGUAUCUUAGAUAUGGUGUACCCUGCAAGGACCUUGAUGUUGUUGCUUUGUUUAGGUGAAAAGCGUGCAGGCACAUGGUAUACAGCCCAUCUUUCCUGAUGCUCCUCAAAACAUGGGACGGAGCGAGUGAUCCUUCAUCUAUCGAGUUUUGGUCCCAUUUCAGGCAGUUUUAAUGAUGCACGUGGAUUUCGUGCAAGCCUCCAAUGAUGUCCAAAUAGCAAUAAUACUAUCUGGUUACAUUACGACUCUCAAGCCUGGGGUUCCAGGCAUGUAUGAAGUGAUCUUCAAUACAAGUGUGCAUGUUUCUUUA